AUGUUCAGACUAUUCGAUGGUCAACCUCAGGAUCGCAUAGGGAAUGCCAAAGCUACUCUGCAAAAACAGACGUUGUCUCAAUCACCGCUGAUUCCUGGCAAGUUGCCAGGAAUCAGUGACCCAGAAGACCGAGAGCAGCCUAAGACGGUUAUGAAGUCGACGAUAAUUGGCCUCCAGGAGAUCACCGAAGAGCACACUGCAGUUAACCGGGCUGAGAUCAUCCACAAAACAUUGUCGAGAAUGGAGAUAGUAGCCUUAGUUGUGACCGACUCGGGGUCAGAUGUACGUCAAGCUGGCACAAAACUCUCACGCGGCAGCAGGAAGGCUGAAGACAAGGAUAAGGCGGAUGUUAAUGACACCGAGCUAGACCUCGACAAACGGUUCCGUCUCGAGAACAUGGAUGACAACACCGAGAAGGAUGAAAACGACUACCUAUGUGAUGCUGUCCAUAGUGACCAGGAUGGAGAGGGCAGUAAAGCGGACGACUAG